ACGUAACUGAUUGAAACGCUAUUAGCGCGUACCCGCUAACUAGCUAGCCAUUUCACAUCCGUUACACAUGGCUGGGCUAGCAUCGUGGAAGUACAAGGACAUAAUGGCCUACACCCGCUCCAAGGACACCAUCGCGCGCCUGAGAGCCAGCUAAGUCGUGGACCCGCAACAGGUUGCUGACCCUACCUUUCCUGACAGCAGAGAACAUCCUGAACGGUUCUCCCUGCGAAUGCACCACCACCCAGCUCCUCCAGCAGUGGAGGUUCAUCGGCACCGUUAAGCAGGUUCUGUGGGAGACAAGGAACAUACUGGGUCUACCAACAACAAACCGUGGAACGAAUGACCCUGAGGAGGAGGAUCACCAUCCUUCUCAGGGAUCACGCCAUCACAGAUAUCCACAAAGACCCGGACCAGGUGAAGGUGGUAUGGGGUUGGCAAGAUGGAAGGACAUCCACAUCUAAACCAUCCCCCGAGCCGCCUAGACCAAGACAAAUCCCAGACCGGUCCUCCAGUCUUCAGCGUCCAGCCUCACUGCCGCAUCACUCCUCUUCCACGCCCCAUGCCACCAACCACUCCCCCCGAACCAGCCAAGGCCGAUGGACACAUUCUCUACCCCCCUUCUCUCUCAACAUUUCUCCCUAUCCCUACCUCCCACUAUCACUCUCACAGAACCGGCACCAGCCCAGAAUCAUGAACCAUCCACCAACACAAGAGGGCGAAGGGGGGACCAAACAUCAGACUUUCACCCAGAGCGAGCAGAACACAGGGAGUGCCAUCAGGGCACCCUUGUGUGCCUGCUUGCUCCUCAGGUUGUCCUUCCUCCCCUCUGCAAAUCCAGCACCAGUCCCAGCACCAAUCCAGAUCCCAUUGGCCAGUCCCAGUACCAGACCAUCAGACAAGGUUGUCCUUCCUCCCCUCUGCAGAUCCAGCACCAACCCCAGCAUGAAUCCAGAUCCCAGUAACCAGCACCAUCCCCAGCACCAGACGAGGCUCGGAGAAGGAACCAAAGAUUACACCUUCACCCAGAGCGAGCAGGCCACAGGGAAGUACCACCAUUGACCUAGGGCUCCCUUGUGUGUCUGCUUGCUCCUCARUAUGUCUUUCCUCCCCUCUACAGAUCCCGACCCAGAACCGUCCCUAGCUUUCCGGUUCCUGGUUCCUAUUUCUCCCAGGCCCACUGUCCCAACACCAACCCCUGGUUUUCCAGCUCUGGCACCAGCAUGAUUUCCAACCCGGUCCCAACACCAACCCAGGUUUUCCCGGUCCUAGCCCCAACACCAGGACCAACCCUGGACCCAGCAUCGGCCAACCACAACUGCCACCUUCAUCCAGCAACUGCCAGAUCCACCCUUCCCCCAACGCAAAGACACAAACACAACGUUGACCAACCAUGACUCACUGACUGACUAACAAAUUGACGGACUGAUAAUUGUUAAAAGUUAUUUGAUUGAAUGCAUUUGUUUUUUAGUUUAUUUUUUGGUAAUUGUUUGUUUUUCUUUUGAUUUGAUUAACUUAAGUUGGAUUGAUUAUUUAUUGUUUCAAUUGUUUAUUAUUUUGAAGUUUAGCUAAAUAUGAUUUGAAAUUUUAACAAGUUAUGAAUUUUGGAAUAACCAAAUAAAUUGACCUCUGCCAAAUAUCAAGCCCUUUUGCCCACAUCAGCCUUCUCAUUACCUUCCACACCCUCAUGGGCGGGAACCCAGCAAAAGCUUACCACCACUCCCAUCCUCUCCAAUCCCAUUAACAGCACAAUCAUCUCCACAAACAAGUCUCCCCUAUCUGUCUUCACACUAUUCUUGCAUUGUUGACACCAAUGAUUUAUAUAUACACUAGAUGACUGUAUUGAAGCCACCGUGCCUGCAUCUUGGCACUCCCCCACUGUUGUAAAAAAUAUUUUGGAAGCUAUAGAAAUGGAUUCAUUAAUGUCAAAAUUGUUUUUUUCCCACAUGUAUUAUAUUGCGGACACAUUAAUGCAUUCUUUUUUAAUGAUAU